AUGUUAACACGACAAGGUGCCACACGACUCAUUGAAACUGAAUUUAAUCGAUUAGCCAAAAUUAAUAUUAAUUUUCCUGAUCGCACACCAAUAUCUCCAGUAGUUUAUCGUCCAACAGAACUAAUCAUGGCAGAGAAAACCGUCGCAACACUUUUAAGUAAAACUUUGGAACAGACAUCUAAAUUUUCUGGUAAACCAGAUCAAGAUGUUGAUGAAUGGAUGAAGGAUCUGACUGCUACAUUUUGUAUGGCUCAUAUUACAGAAUCACAAGCAUUAAAAAUAAUAUCCACAUUUUUGGAAGGACAUCCUAAGCAAUGGUUUAUUGAAAAUAUCACAAUAUUCGAAUCAUGGAGUGUAUUUAAAGCUCAAUUUAUUCAUACGUAUUCAUCACCAUCAUCGAAACAAUUAGCGUCUAAUCGCUUAAGAACUCGUCAACAACGGCAGGAUGAAGCUGUUAUCGAAUAUUAUACAGAUGUUAUGAAAUUAUGCAAAUUAGUUGAUCCAAACAUGACUGAUGUAUCCAAACUUGAUCAUUUAUAUCAUGGAUUAAAAUCAUCUUUAAUGAAAGACGUAUUACGUGAAGCUCCAUCAACACCAUCAGGAUUUUUAGAACAAGCACGUCGAGAAGAAAAUUUAGAUCGUCUAGUUACUACGGCUGCUCAACAAACCAAUGAUAAUGAUACAGAAGCAACAACUUAUUCCAACAACUCAUUAUAUAGAUCUCCACAAUCUGCUGAAUCUAUGCACUACCAAAAUUCAUCAAAUAUGUAUUCUAAGGGUUAUUCUGCAAACGUAUAUUCACCUCGACCGGCAUACAAUCGAUUUUAUGAUCCAUCAUCGUCACAUUAUCCACAUCAAGCUCAACAAUCUUCGUUUAAUGUAUUACGCUAUCAAUCACGCCCUCUACGAUGUUAUCUUUGUCAGAAGUUGGGCCAUGUUGCUCGUGAUUGUAGAUCCGCAAAAAACUAUUAA